AUGAGGAUUUUUGGAGGGGAAUUGCUAGAGAAGAUUACGGAUGUGGUGGUCCACCAAAUCUGACAGGAUGGGUAACCAGAUUUUUCCCGUAUGAUAGCUCUGGAAAUGUAGUCGACAAUUGGAUUGACGAAGGAAAAUUGCCGGAAGGAAUAGUUUAUAUUCCAUUUGAUGUCGAGAGCGGUCAAAAAAUGAAGUUUGUGGCAGGAUAUUUGGGAGUAAAUCAGGAAGUUAUUGAAAAUUCAGAUGGUGAAGUAGUGGUCUCACCUGUUAUUGGUUGGGCAGUUAUCGACGAAGAAGCUACUUCAAUUGAUGCUCAAAAGCAACCAUUACGUGCCUUAUGGUAG